AUGAGCAGCUUCUGCUACUGCCUGGGAGGGAGCUAUGGCCCCUCCAACAGCAUCCCUGAACCCUCCUCUUCUAAAGGAGGGCCCUCCUGGACCCUGGAGCGGACCCUGGUGGCCGUGAAGCCAGAUGGGGUGCAGCGGCGGCUUGUUGGGGAUGUGAUCCGGCGUUUUGAGAGGAGGGGCUUCAAGCUGGUGGGGAUGAAGAUGAUUCAGGCGCCAGAGAGCAUCCUUGCUGAGCACUACCAUGACCUUCAGAGGAAGCCCUUCUACCCAGCCCUCAUCAGCUACAUGAGCUCUGGCCCCGUGGUGGCCAUGGUCUGGGAAGGCCCCAAUGUGGUCUGUACCUCAAGGGCGAUGAUAGGGCACACGGACUCAGCUGAGGCUGCCCCCGGCACCAUUCGAGGCGACUUCAGCUUCCACAUCAGCAGGUACGGGGGCCCUGGCACACUCAGCCACAAGCGCAUUGUUUUGCUAGGUAAAAGUUAAGCCAGAAGAGACUUU